GUCCGCCGCGGCGCUCCGUACUCGAGCACAGACCGAAUGCACGGAACCAGCGGCUGUCUGCGGCGCUGCUCGGUAAUCAGCCGCACCGUGGCUCCGUCGUCGGCUCGAGCUCGUGUAUUAUAUUGAGGGCUGAGUCUGUGGCAUGUCCACCCCGGAGCCCCCGUUAGGAGGCACGCCCUGCCCGGGGCCCUCGCCUGGUCCGGGCCCAUCUCCAGGGGCCAUGCUGGGGUCCGGACUGUCCCCUGGAUCCUCACACAGCAUGAUGGGCCCCAGUCCCGGACCAGCCACUUCCACAGGACUCUCCUUUCCUCCGCAAGCGCCUGCGGGAUACAGCCAGGAGAGUCUGCACCAGAUGCACAAGCCGGUGGAGGAGAACCUUUCAGAAGACGCUCGCUUCACUCAGAUGAAGGUGGUUCCGAUGAGGAUGACCCGUCCAGGGAGCCCGAUGGACCAGCACUCGCAAGGAUUCCCGUCUCCGCUGGGCUCUUCAGAGCUCGUGUCCAGUCCCGUGUCCGGUCCUCUCCUGUCCACCUCUGGCUCUAGCUCUGCCUCGCUGGACGGUGUGGACAGCCAGAGCCUCCCGCAGCAGAACCGUCCGGUAAGCCAAAGCGCGGCCCCGGGCCCCAGCGGCUCCUCCGCUCCGACGCCCUUCAACCAGAGCCAGCUGCACCAGCUGCGGGCGCAGAUCAUGGCGUAUAAGAUGCUGGCACGCGGGCAGCCGCUCCCAGAACACCUGCAGAUGGCGGUGCAGGGCAAGCGGCCCAUGCCAGGGAUGCCCCAGGGACCGUCUCUGACCAGCCUGCCCCCCGGCGGAGCGAGCGCCGGCUUCAGCCGAGGACAUGGGAUGGUGGGACCCAACAUGCUUCCUCCUGGACCUUCUGGAGUCCCGGCUGGUGUUCAGGGCCAGAACCACAACGGGCCCCCGAAGCCGUGGCCUGAAGGUCCUCUGGUCAAUGCGGCGACCCCCUCGAACGCUCCUCAGAAGCUGAUGCCGCUGCAGCCCACCGGACGCCCCUCUCCUGCACCCCCGUCUGUGCCACCGGCCGCCUCUCCGGUAAUGCCACCGCAGACCCAGUCUCCAGCACACCUGGGCCACUCGUCUCAGCCUGCCACCAUGGUGCCGCUGCACCAGAAGCAGAACCGCAUCACGCCGGUUCAGAAGCCCUGCGGUCUGGACCCGGUGGAGAUCCUGCAGGAGAGAGAGUACAGGCUGGAAGCUCGUAUCACUCACCGUAUUCAGGAGCUGGAGAAUCUUCCAGGGUCUCUGGCUGGAGAUCUGCGCACCAAAGCCACGAUUGAGCUCAAAGCACUCCGACUGCUCAACUUCCAGAGACAGCUGCGUCAGGAAGUGGUGGUUUGCAUGAGACGCGACACGGCCUUAGAAACCUCACUGGACUCAAAGGGCUACAAGCGCAACAAGAGACAGUCGUUACGUGAGGCACGAAUCACAGAGAAACUAGAGAAACAGCAGAAGAUCGAGCAGGAACGCAAACGCAGGCAGAAACACCAGGCAAGUCAGGUGUGUAGCUCGUGUAUAUUGUGUGUCCUGCAGGCUGAGGAUGAGGAGGGUUACCGGAAGCUCAUUGACCAGAAGAAGGACAAGCGUCUGGCGUAUCUGCUGCAGCAGACGGAUGAGUAUGUGGCUAAUCUGACGGAGCUGGUCCGUGCUCAUAAAGCUGUGCAGGCCCUGAAGGAGAAGAAGAAGAAGAAGAGGAAGAAGAAGAAGCUGGAGAACGCGGAGGGCCAGACGGGGGCUCUGGGGCCCGAUGGAGAGCCCCUGGAUGAGACGAGUCAGAUGAGUGAUCUUCCAGUGAGGGUGAUCCAUGUGGACAGUGGGAAGAUUCUGACCGGAGUGGACGCUCCUAAAGCUGGACAGCUGGACACAUGGCUGGAGAUGAACCCUGGUUACGAGGUCGCUCCGCGCUCGGACAGCGAGGAUUCUGGGUCGGAAGAGGACGAGGAAGAGGAAGAGGAACCUCCUCAGCUGCUGGCGUCACAAACUUCCACAGAAGAGAAGAAGAAGAUUCCCGACCCGGACAGUGAGGACGUGUCUGAAGUAGAUGCCCGUCACAUUAUAGAGCAUGCUAAACAGGACGUGGACGAUGAGUACGGCAGCGCAGCGUUUGCUCGUGGGUUACAGUCGUAUUACGCCGUGGCUCAUGCGGUCACUGAGCGGGUGGACAAACAGUCGUCUUUGCUAAUCAACGGUCAACUCAAGCAAUACCAGGUCAAGGGUCUGGAGUGGCUGGUGUCUCUCUAUAACAACAAUCUGAACGGGAUCCUGGCGGAUGAGAUGGGUUUGGGCAAAACCAUCCAAACCAUCGCUCUCAUCACGUACCUGAUGGAGAACAAGCGUCUGAACGGACCCUACGUCAUCAUCGUGCCGCUCUCGACUCUGUCUAACUGGGUCUAUGAGUUUGAUAAGUGGGCGCCGUCUGUCGUCAAAGUCUCGUAUAAGGGAUCUCCUGCUGCUAGAAGAGCCUUCCUCCCACAGCUGCGCAGCGGCAAGUUCAACGUGCUGAUCACUACAUACGAAUACAUCAUCAAAGACAAGCAUGUGCUGGCCAAGAUUCGCUGGAAGUACAUGAUCGUGGACGAAGGCCAUCGCAUGAAGAACCAUCACUGUAAGCUGACGCAGGUGUUGAACACGCAUUACCUGGCUCCGCGGCGUGUGCUUCUGACCGGGACGCCGCUGCAGAACAAGCUGCCCGAGCUCUGGGCGCUGCUCAACUUCCUGCUGCCCACCAUCUUCAAGAGCUGCAGCACGUUUGAGCAGUGGUUCAACGCUCCCUUCGCCAUGACCGGAGAGAAGGUGGAUCUGAACGAGGAGGAGACCAUCCUGAUCAUCCGCCGCCUGCACAAGGUGCUCCGCCCCUUCCUGUUGCGCCGGCUGAAGAAGGAAGUGGAGGCGCAGCUGCCUGAGAAGGUGGAGUACGUGAUCAAGUGUGACAUGUCUGCGCUGCAGAGGGUCCUGUACCGACACAUGCAGGCCAAAGGAGUGCUGCUGACCGACGGCUCCGAGAAGGAUGACUGUUUCUCCACAGGUCAAGGGACUCUGUCUAACUGGGUCUAUGAGUUUGAUAAGUGGGCGCCGUCUGUCGUCAAAGUCUCGUAUAAGGGAUCUCCUGCUGCUAGAAGAGCCUUCCUCCCACAGCUGCGCAGCGGCAAGUUCAACGUGCUGAUCACUACAUACGAAUACAUCAUCAAAGACAAGCAUGUGCUGGCCAAGAUUCGCUGGAAGUACAUGAUCGUGGACGAAGGCCAUCGCAUGAAGAACCAUCACUGUAAGCUGACGCAGGUGUUGAACACGCAUUACCUGGCUCCGCGGCGUGUGCUUCUGACCGGGACGCCGCUGCAGAACAAGCUGCCCGAGCUCUGGGCGCUGCUCAACUUCCUGCUGCCCACCAUCUUCAAGAGCUGCAGCACGUUUGAGCAGUGGUUCAACGCUCCCUUCGCCAUGACCGGAGAGAAGGUUUUAGGCACGACUAAAGCGGAGGAUCGUGGGAUGCUGCUGAAGACCUUCAAUGAUCCGGCCUCUCAGUGCUUCAUAUUCCUGCUGAGCACCAGAGCGGGUGGACUGGGUCUCAAUCUGCAGAGCGCAGACACCGUCAUCAUAUUUGACAGCGACUGGAACCCUCAUCAGGACCUCCAGGCGCAGGAUCGAGCGCACCGCAUCGGACAGCAGAACGAGGUGAGGGUUCUGCGGCUCUGUACCGUCAACAGCGUCGAGGAGAAGAUCCUGGCGGCCGCUAAAUACAAGCUGAACGUGGACCAGAAGGUGAUCCAGGCCGGCAUGUUCGACCAGAAGUCGUCGAGCCACGAGCGCCGAGCGUUUCUGCAGGCCAUUCUGGAGCACGAGGAGCAGAACGAGGAAGAGGACGAGGUGCCGGACGAUGAGACCGUAAAUCAGAUGAUCGCCAGGAGUGAGGACGAGUUUGACCAGUUCAUGCGCAUGGAUCUGGAUCGCCGCCGCGAGGAAGCGCGCAAUCCGAAGCGAAAGCCUCGUCUCAUGGAGGAGGACGAGCUGCCCACCUGGAUCAUGAAAGACGACGCCGAGGUGGAAAGGCUCACCUGUGAGGAAGAAGAGGAGAAGAUGUUCGGCCGCGGCUCCCGUCAGAGGAAGGAGGUGGAUUACAGCGAUUCGCUGACAGAGAAACAGUGGCUGAAGGCGAUCGAGGACGGGACCCUGGAUGAGAUCGAGGAGGAGGUGCGCCACAAGAAAACGUCUCGGAAGAGGAGGCGCGAUCGAGAUCCGGACGCCAUCCCAUCCACUUCAGGUGCUCGCGGGGGACGAGAGAGAGACGACGACGGCAAAAGACAGAAAAAACGAGGUCGCCCGCCGUCCGAGAAGCUUUCGCCGAACCCUCCGCCGCUCACCAAGAAGAUGAAGAAGAUUGUGGACGCUGUUAUUAAAUAUAAGGAGAAUAACGGCCGUCAGCUGAGCGAGGUGUUCAUCCAGCUGCCGUCACGCAAGGAGCUGCCCGAGUACUACGAGCUGAUCCGUAAACCUGUGGACUUCAGGAAGAUCAAGGAGCGCAUCCGGAGCCAUCGAUACCGCAGCCUCAACGAUUUGGAGCGAGACGUGAUGCUGCUGUGCCAGAACGCUCAGACCUUCAACCUGGAGGGAUCCCUGAUCUAUGAGGACUCUAUCGUGCUGCAGUCGGUGUUCAGCAGCCUGCGUCAGAAGAUUGAGCGAGAGGAGGAGAGUGACGGAGAAGAGAGUGAGGAAGAUGAAGAGGACGAAGGCUCUGAUUCAGAGACUCGAUCCGUGAAGGUGAAGAUUAAACUGAGCCGCAAGGACAGAAGCACAGAGCGCGGCAGAGGACGCAGGAGAACUGCGAGAACACGAGCGAAACCUGUCGUUAGUGACGACGACACAGAUGAGGAUCAGGAGGAGGAUCAAUCAAACAGCGCCAGUGAGGAAGAGCAGGGAUGAAGAUCCACAGCAAACCACUAAAGAUACAAACACACCAUACAGUAGAAGAACACGAUCAUCCCUUCAUCAGCACCCAGAAUAACCGUGCAUCACACGUUCAUCAUUCGCUCGUGGAGAACUGUACCGAGAGUCUUCAGACCCGGACGAGAUGCUGUUUAGAGCUCGUCAUGUUUCUGUGACACUGAAUAUUAGACGUUGCUGUUUUAGAAGGGCAACAUUUGUGACCGUAUGUCAAAUGAUCUAGUUUAACCCCAGUAACCUGUCAGGUAAUUGCAUUAGUGUGUCAUUAGCAGAACAUUAGCAUGUACAGUAGAUGUAAUAGCUUAGAAGCAGCCUGUUAUUAUAUGCUUGUAUGAUCGUUGUUUUGCUGUACAACAGUGUGUGUUUUUAACUCAAAGCGUUGCAGUCUGUCAGUCUUAUAAU